UCAUGAACCGACACUUCCACGGUACGCUCGGUAAUUCGAGCGUACCAGAAGCCUACAGCACAGUCCACAUUCGCCGAGCACCUAGUACACAACAACGAGAGAGACGAUCCGUGUCCUAAAUAUAUAUAUAUAUAUAUAUUUCCUCGGCGUGACUCCCUUGGUUGCCGGUGAACAGAGAUUUUUCGGUUCUUACGGGCCCGAGUCGCCGAGGAACAACACCAAACAUCGACGGGCUCUUCCGUGCUCUUGUGGAGACUCAUCGCAGGAUGAAUUUCAAGGAAGGCGCGCAUGUGAUAUACGAUGUGUUGUUGGUCAUCGGGAUGGUGAUGGUUUAUCUCACAGAGGCGUUACUGCUCAUGCUGAUUCCUCGCCGGUAUUGCAACAAAUCGAUCGAGGGUGAGGUUGCCCUCGUCACGGGAGGCGCGAACGGAAUCGGCAGGCUGAUCGCGGCCAAACUCGCGAAACUUGGUGCGCAAGUAGUCAUUUGGGACAUAGACAAGCGAGGUCUCGCGGAAGCCGCGGAGGAAAUCCGGAAAACCGGUGGAAUGUGCUACACGUAUUGCUGCGACAUCGCCGACAAAGAGGAGGUUUAUCGCACCGCGAAAGCGACGAAGAUCGAAGUCGGAAAUGUGAGCCUGUUGGUGAAUAACGCCGGAUACGUGUGUGGCAAGACGCUCAUGGAACUACCCGAUCGCGAGAUCGAGCGCACUUUCAAAGUGAACAUUUUGUCACACUAUUGGAUUAUCAAGUCGUUCUUGAAAGACAUGAUGAAGAAUAAUCACGGUCACAUCGUGACGGUAACGAGCGUCGCCGGACUCGUGGGAAAUUACAAUUGCACGGAUUACUCAGCGACGAAAUUCGCCGCUGUCGGAUGCCACGAGAGUCUCUUCGCCGAAUUAAGAAUGCACGGCUACGACAAAAUCCACAUGACAUUGGUUUGCCCUUAUCUCAUAAACACGGGAAUGUUCGACGGAGUAAAAAGCAGGUUGAUGCCGUCACUCGAGCCAGACUAUGUCGCGGAGGAAGUGGUCGCUGGUAUAUUAGCAAACAAAAUAAUGAUAGUGUUACCUAACAUUAUGUCGUACUUAUUGCUUUUUAAAUGUUUGAUGCCAUCGAAAAUAUGCUGGGCGACGAUAUGUCACAUCUUCAAGGAGCCACAAGCUAUGAUGUUGCUUAAAGAUCGUGAAUUGAGAAAGAAGAGGAAUUAUAGUGAAAAUGGUACAACUAAUCAUGAAUGUACAUACGUGCAAUAAAACUAUUUAAAGCUGAA